AUGGUGGCUCCACUCUCUAUCAAGGAAUUCCCUGCCUUGGUAGAGAAGGCAAGAGUAAUGGAGAAACUUAAGGCUAAAGUUGAAGCUCAGCAGAGGUCUCAACAGAAGGUGGGAGGACCAUCUAGGUCCACGAGCAGACACGACGAUAGGAGGAAGCCAUACUCUAGGCCUCAGCCUCAAGGGCCUAGGAGGUUUUCACAUCAGUCUCAACAGUCUCAGCCUUCUAGGCCACAGUGCUUUCAUUGUGGGGGGGCCCGUCUGAGGAGUACUUGUCCCCAGCUCACUGGUAGGAGAACAUGCCAUAGGUGUGGCCAGGAGGGCCACUUCAUCAAGGAUUGCCCAGCUGGUAGGAUUCCAGUGUCGAGGCCUCCAUCACAGCCUCAGCCACAUCAGACGAGGGGAGCUAGUAGGAGCUUACAUGUUCUGUAUGAUUCGGGAGCGACACACUCUUUUGUGUCGGAAUCUAGAGUGGUAGAGUUGGGUCUUUCGGUGAGGGAGCUCCAGUAUGACCUAGUGGUGUCCACGCCUGCUUCUAGGUUAGUCAGAACCUCGAUCGUGUGUGCUAGGUGUAAGAUCGAGGUUGAGGGGCACAAGUAUAGGGUGGAUAAAGCAAUGAAGGAAGGAUCUCAGUGUUUCAUGAUUCUGACUCAAUUGUCCAUUGAGACUGAAGGCGGAUAUAUGGAGACACCUGUGGUAGGGGACUUCACAGAUGUGUUUCCUGAGGACGUGCCUGGCUUACCCCCUUCUAGGGAGAUCGAGUUCUCCAUUGAUCUGGUGCCAGGAGCAGGACCAGUGUCUAUAGCACCCUACAAAAUGGCUCCUGCUGAGCUAGUAGAGUUGAAGAAGCAGAUUGGAGAGCUGCUAGAAAAAACAUUGCACAGUGCUGUAGUGUUUUCCAAGAUUGAUCUGAGAUCAGGAUACCAUCAGAUUCUAGUCAAGUCUGAUGAUGUGCAAAAGACCGCUUUCAGGUCCAGAUACGGGCAUUAUGAGUAUGUAGUGAUGUCGUUUGGUGUGACUAACGCCCCCGCCUUGUUCAUGGACUACAUGAACAAAAUCUUCAGGCCAUUCCUAGACAAGUUCGUGGUGGUUUUCAUCGACGGCAUGCAGAGCAUUUGA